AUGAAGCUGCUACGAGAAUUUGAGCUUGCUACAUUUGCGAAAAAUUUCUGGUUGUUGGUAUUUCUGUUCUCAUCGUUUACCUGCGCGGACAGGGAACAUGUGGAGCAUGGAUACAGUGGAAAGUUUCGGAAAGAGCAUGGUGCAGAUGAUGAGCAACAACAUAAUGUACAUGCCGAUCAUAAAGUUAUUGUAGGUUUGUGA